AUGACUUCCGAGGCAGCCUCUUCUACGGCCGCCGCGCCUUCGCGAGAACCGACACAUCCCUCCGUCAUCAAGGUCAUCUACCGCCCAGGCGACUUCAGCUCCUACAGCGUCUCCACCACCUCUCUCCCACCAGGAGCGCUGAUGGCCCGACUCACCAGCCCGCCGCUGACGUAUGCGGACAAAAAGCGCUGGUCCAGUGUCCAGGUGUCGGAGAACAAGCACAUCGAGCUGAACUGCGACUUCCUGUACAUCAACCACAGCUGCGAGCCGAGUCUGGAAUUCCACGUCGUCCCGCAUUCUGAGGAGCCCGUGAUCGAGGUCAGGGUCGCGACGCGCCGGGACGAGAAUGGGAACCCCAAGGGCGUGGAGCCCGGCGACGUCUUGACCUUCUUCUAUCCCAGCACCGAGUGGGAGAUGGACCAGCCCUUCCAAUGUAAUUGCGGGACCAGGAGCUGCAAAGGGCGCAUCAGCGGCGCCAAGGACCUGACCAGCGAGCAGCUGCGAGGGUAUUUCCUCAAUGCUCACAUUGAGGACCUCCGGAGCAUUCCCUCCGACAGCGAAGGUAACAAGAAUGGUGCGCAGAGGCAGGGAGGUUGGUGA